AUUAAAUUGGAUAUGUCAGGCGUCAGUAUUAUCGGAGAGAGAGAACAAGGUCAAGAUGUGAGAACCAGCAACAUCACUGCAGUUAUUGGGCUUGCCAAUAUUGUCAAGACCUCACUUGGGCCACAAGGGCUUGAUAAAAUGCUUGUAGACAGCAUUGGAGAUGUCACUAUUACUAAUGAUGGUGCCACAAUUUUGUCACAGCUCGAAGUUGAACACCCUGCUGCUAAGGUUUUGGUCGAACUAGCUAACCUUCAAGAUAAGGAAGUCGGAGAUGGAACCACAUCAGUUGUGAUCCUUGCUGCUGAGCUUUUGAAGAGAGCUAAUAAUCUUGUCAAGAACAAGAUUCAUCCAACCACUGUCAUGGCUGGAUACAGACUCGCUCUUAAGGAAAUGAUCAAGUAUAUCAAGUCAAAUCUGACCGUGAAGGUAGAAGAUCUUGGAAGAGAUGCUCUCAUCAGUGCUGCCAGGACCUCCAUGUCUUCCAAAAUUGUUGGAUCUGAGUCUGCAUUCUUCUCAGAGAUGGUAGUUACAGCCAUGGAAAGAGUCAAAACUAUUAACAACAUGGGAAAGACUAAGUACCCAGUUAAGAAUGUGAACAUCCUUAAAGUUCACGGAAAGAGCUCGAAAGAAAGUAUGCUCAUAAAUGGAUAUGCCCUUGAAAUGGGAAGAGCUGCCCAAGGAAUGCCAACUUCUAUCGAAAAUGCUAAGAUUGCAUGCAUUGCCUUCAACUUAAAUAAAUUCAGACUUCACAUGGGAAUCCAAGUUCUUGUGAAAGACCCAGCUGAGCUCGAAGCUAUCAGGCAGAAAGAAAUGGACUUUACCAAGGAUAGAGUAAACAUGAUCAUUGAAUCUGGAGCUAAUGUUGUCCUCUGCUCAGGAGGUAUCGACGAUUUCGCUCUCAAAUAUUUCGUCGAAGCUGGAGUUAUCGCUCUUAGAAGAGUCUCAAUAUCUGAUAUGAGAAGAAUUGCCACUGCCACUGGAGCAACUGUUGUCACUAAUCUCUCAGAUUAUGAGACAUCUGACGAGAAAUUUGAAGCUAGCAACUUGGGAAGCUGCUCACUUGUCCAAGAGAAGAGAAUUGGAGAUUAUGACCACAUUUUCUUUGAAGGACUUGCAGAGACUAAUUGUCAGACUAUUGUCAUCAGAGGAGCUAACGAGUACUUCCUAGAUGAAGUCGAUAGAUCCCUUCAUGAUUCCCUCUGUGUUGUAAAGAGAAUCCUGGAAAGUAAUGCCAUUGUCACUGGAGGUGGUGCAGUUGAGACAUCAUUGUCAGUAUAUCUUGAUGACUUCGCAAGAACAUUAGAGUCAAGAGAAUUAUUGGCAAUCUCUGAAGUUGCUGAGAGUUUGUUAAUUAUUCCGAAGACUUUGGCCAUCAAUGCUGCCCUUGAUGCUACUGAUUUGGUGGCAAAGCUCAAGGUAUUCCAUCAUGCUUCUCAGACAGCUGAAGAUCAAUCAAAGAAAGAGCUUAAACACUACGGAUUAGAUUUGAUAAAUGGAAAAUGCAGAAACAAUAUGAUUGCAGGUGUUUUGGAGCCAGCAAUUUCAAAAGUAAAGAGUCUUAAAUUUGCCAUUGAAGCCGCUAUUGCUAUUCUGAGAGUUGAUGAUAUGAUUAAAAUCGCUCCAAAACUCACAGAGGAAGAUAAAAUGAGACUUGCUCAACAGCAGGCUGCUGCCCAGGGACAAGAUUUCUUCUAAAUAAUUAUAUAUAAUUAUAAAUCC